GCGACGAGCUUGCUUCUGUCCCGUUCACAAUAGGAUAUUUAUUGUGACCGGCCCACUGACAUUCAAAAGAAACGCUGCAGGUACAGAGAGCUUUUCCUAUAGCGACAGGGACAACAAAUCCCAUUUCACUGUUUGGCUUAAGCCCACCCAAUUCUUCAGCAUCCACCACUAUGAAAUCCACGAACUUGUUCUUGGUUUACUUGAUAUUAAUAAAUUUCUAUUUUACUGCAUUAAGCAAGGAUAUAAGCGACAAUCCACAAGGAAGUGUUUCAGAGGAAGCACCAAGGCAGCGGAGCAGAGGACACAGACGGCCUUUCUACGUUAUUGGACACAUGGUGAAUUCCCUGGAAGAGGUGGACACCUUUAUUGAGAACGGGGCCAACGCUAUCGAGGCUGACAUCGAGUUUGCGGGCGAUGGCACUGUGCAGGGCACGUUCCACGGCGCCCCUUGCGACUGCUUCCGCGGCUGCUUCAAGCGUGAGACCAUCGUGGACUACCUGGAGUACAUUAGAGGCGCAACUGGAUACGACGACUCAAGAUACAAAAACAAGUUGACUCUGCUGCUGCUGGAUUUAAAGACGGCCAAGCUAGGGCAAUCAGCAAAAAAGAAAGCAGGUUUAACUCUGGCGAUGAAUCUCUGGGAACACCUAUGGGAAGGCGUCCAUCCGGAGCAAAUGGUGAACGUCGUGGUUUCUAUCGGAUACGUGAAAGACAAGAACGUCCUCAAAAGCAUUCUAACAUAUUUCAACAAGAAAGGAAGGCGACACGUUUUGGACAAACUAGGUUUCGACGUGGGCAUGAACGACCCACUGGAUAAGAUUGGGCGUAUGUACAAGCAGCUGGGCAUCAAGGGUCAUCGGUGGCAAGGGGACGGUCUUUCCAACUGCCUGCGCUUCCUGGUGCCUGUUGACCGACUGGUAGAGGCGGUCAAGGCCCGUGACAGCCACAAAGGGUACAUGGACAAGGUGUACCACUGGACGGUGGACCUGCCGCACUUCAUCAGGAAAAGCAUCGACCACGGCAUUGACGGGAUCAUCACGAACCGCCCGGACAACGUGCUGUACGUACUCAACAGCGCGCCCUACAAGGAUCAUCUCAUAGUUGCCGACAUCAAUGACAGUCCCUGGGCACGGUACGACGAGGAGAUGCCGAAAAACGAUACGGACUACAGCACAGAAGUCCUUGGCGGGGAGGAGGAAGGAGAAGGCAAACCCUCUUGGUCGAACCUUUCCCACAUUACUUCGUUAUGGACGCACUAGAAGUCGGCGCCGUACUUGUGUUCUCUAUGACGGACUUAGAGUUGGCGUCGUUCACGAGUGUCGUGGGUGCUUUAUUCAGACGCUUAAUGACUCGCUGUGCGACGUCGGCGCGCAUCCCACGACACGAGACAAUAACAAGAGGCCGGCGUUUUGGUUGUGCAACGAGUGUGCAUAGUUAGGUUUGAAUGAAUAUAAAUCAACCUCUGCUACACGCUUAUUAAUCUACAGACCUUUUAAAGCAAAGUCGCCGUUGAAGACACCGUCAUUGUUUGUUUGCUUGUUUGUAUGCUUGUUUGUUUGCUUGUUUGCAUGCUUGUUUGCAUGCUUGUUUGUAUGCUUGUUUGCAUGCUUGUUUGUAUGCAUGUAUGUGUGUUUGUAUGUGUGUUUGUGUAUCUUUGUGUGUUUGUUUGGUUUCCACUGUAGGGUCCGGGUUGAAAUAAUCUAAUAUCUCAAGCCAUCGCCGAAAUCCCCCAUUUGUAGCCAACAUUCCUGAGAAAAAGGGAGCAAGCAACGUUUACAUGCAAAAGUAUCAAAGUUCAUGAGCCGAGGGUGGGAGAUUGCAGAGAACAACCAGUAAGCGCGCCAUGCUUCAUUAACGGCUGCAAACGGAGGACUGUGGCUCAGUUUGUCGCCAGUUUGAUUAGUUCGUCGCCAGAUGGAGACACCCUUAUGGUAUUAAUAGAAGCACCCUUAUUUCACUAAAGCUCUUAAGGAAGGGUGUUUGGCCGAAGUACGAGUGAAAUGAAAGAAAGGCGUCGCUCCCCAGCUCGUAGCAAUUUCAACGGCCUACGUGUCGUUUAUUAGCAUUAGCACAUAAACCGAAUCAAAGGACAAGGAAUUUAUUCAUAAAGAGGUCACGAAAGGAAAUCCUGAAUGUGGAUUUGGAUUCAGGAACUUCACGUGAAAGCCAGACAACCUAUCCCCUGCUCUACACAGAAGCCACGUUUGCAGCGCUACUUGAAAGUGUGGUAUCUAUAUGAACAAAUUGUCUGGAAUCUCAAAUUGCUCCGAUUCAUCAGAAACCUUGCAUAAGAUAGGAACUUCCACAGCAGAAAAUGCAUUCGUUAUGCCUGAAACCUAACAUCCUUAGCAGCAUGGUCAGUUUUCAAUGGUAGCAAGAGAGAGACAAGUCAUAAGGGAAAGGCAGGGAGGUUAACCAGGCUGAGCCCUGUAGCAAACGUGUUAGUAAGUGUCCGAGCACACUUCAUAUAGGGUGUAAAUUUUUUCGUAAGGGUGGUAAUUCUUUAUUUUUUAUUUUCUCGAACAUGCCCUUAUUAAACGAUGUGUUGCGCAAAACGGAUGCUACAUUGGUGCAGUAGCUGGUGAAAAGUUUAUCAAUGCCCUUUUAAAACUCUCUAGGGAGUUAAAGCGUUUGUUGCGUAAUGUAUGCGCGUAUAUAGGAUGUGACCCACUGUGGUGUACUGUUCUUUAACAUGAGUGAACGAUCUCUUGGUGCAUGUUGCGAAAUUGGGUGAUUUGAGAGAAAAGGAGGGAAGGGGACGCCUCGGGGACGGACGAUGAUCUGAGGUAUUACAGUAAUCCCGUUUCCACAAAUACGUGUGACCUUUAGUGAAAGAAAAAAUGACAAUGGAAUGGAAUGACAAGUGGACUUGUCUUUUUCAAGGCGACAUAUGCUUUCCUCAGAACAGUAUAUAUAGGUAGGGUUAUUCUAAAGGGGAGAGUGGGUAAGCCGUAUGGGCUAGGCUGGGCCGAUGGUAUGUGAGCGGCGAGGAUGUAGAACUCAAAAGAAAGGUUUUCUAUUCAACCUCGGUGGAGGACUGUAAGGUAGCGGUGUGUAGCACCCUACCUAUAUAUACUGUGCCGAAAAAUCCAGAUAUAUAUCCUUGAAAAAGACAAGUCCACUAGUCUAAACAUUGACUCUUACUUUUACCUCGUUCUCAUUUUGCUCAUCUUCAAUUUCCAUCUCCCGCCUUCCUCUUGUUUUCCCUUUAGUGAAGUGGUUGAAGUACGAAAGUCCUUCCGAGCAACAACCAUUGAUACAAAUGCGCACACAAAGGCAACGUAUAGUACGAUUUAAUACGUCAUUAUAAUAACCAAGACGUAAUCCAGGAAUUUAAACCGAAGGCCGUCGUAUGUGACGCAAAGCAUAAAUACAUUAUCUUUUUUGCCUAUUUGAAGUAACACAAGGUCGAAGGCGAGAACAAAAAUUUGCUAACACGAGCAGCUUGGCGGGCAGGCAGUCGCUCAUACACUGGCAGCACGAGCCGACACAAGAAAAUUCGCAGAAGUACAGCAACAUUUAAAAAAAAUUACCCAACGUAGUGACAAACCACAGGCGCGUUGAAAAUCGUCACCACGAUCAGUCACAUCCGCAUGUAAGAUCACGCCUUUUGUAAUUGUGGCAGCUACAUUCGAUUUUUUUUUUGUUAUCUUGCUUAGGGGAUGUCGCCUUUUAAUUGGCGCAGGCUACGCCUUUUCGCACAAAGAUAUAAAGAAGAAAUCCCUUAAAAGCAUUCAAACUAAAAGUCAACUCCAAACCACCGCAACAGCAAUUCGAUUUCAUGCAAGAUUACAAUUAGUAAUAGCAUAUACUAACAACAAAUGUCUAACAUUUACGUAAAAGGAACAUCUGAGACUUGUCAUAGACAUUCGAUAAACGUAAACUGAAGUUCAAGGAGCCAAAAUUCAGCAUAACUAAAUUUACUUCCUCACCAUGAUUAAAACUACCAAAGAUGUUUGAUACACUGUCGCAACUGAGAGUCUUCAGUCAAGAGAUUGUGCAACUCGCAAGCAUGUCUUUAUAAAAGCGUUACCUGUCACACUUUUAUAAUAGCGAUGCAUUACAAUAACUACGUUUUCUAUUCAAAAGUGUGUGCAGUGCCUCACAUUCAAGUAACAGAGCAACGGAGCGGAGUAUUGUAUUUUGUUUCUUGAAAUAAAGCAUACAGUGUCGGA